CCCGACCCGCGGCCGCCCCGGUUGCCCCGCCCCCUUCGCUGCCCGUGCUGCCUGCGCGCGCAGAACCUCGGCGGGCGCCGGCGGGAAGGGAUUCGGCGGGUAGAAGCAGAUAAUGGGCAGCAGUCCCUUUAAUUAAUCUGUGAUCAUCAUGGCUGAUGAGGGGUGUGCCAAAGCUGGUGGUGAUAGUCCAUUUUCAUCAGAUAAACAUGCCCAGCUCAUCUUGGCGCAGAUCAACAAAAUGAGAAAUGGACAGCAUUUCUGUGAUGUGCAGCUGCAAGUUGGGAAGGAAAUUUUUCAAGUUCAUCGGUUGGUUUUGGCUGCCAGUAGUCCAUACUUUGCAGCUUUGUUCACUGGAGGAAUGAAAGAGUCCUCAAAAGAUGUUGUACAGAUUCUAGGAAUUGAAGCUGGAAUCUUUCACUUACUUCUAGAUUUCAUUUACACAGGUACAGUGAAUAUAGCUGUGAAUAAUGUUCAGGAGUUGAUUGUUGCAGCAGAUAUGCUGCAGUUGACUGAAGUUGUUAAUCUUUGCUGUGAAUUUCUGAAAGGACAAAUUGAUCCUCUGAACUGCAUUGGGCUCUUGCAAUUCUCUGAGCAAAUUGCCUGCCAUGAUCUUAUGGAAUUUACAGAAAACUAUAUUCAUGUCCAUUUCUUGGAGGUUCAUUGUGAGGAAGAGUUCCUGGCACUUACAAAAGAUCAGCUGAUCAAAAUUUUACGUAGUGAAGAGCUUAGCAUUGAGGAUGAAUACCAAGUCUUCUUAGCUGCAAUGCAAUGGAUUCUGAAAGAUGUGGGAAAGAGAAGAAAACAUGUGGUGGAAGUACUAGAUCCAAUUCGAUUCCCUUUGUUACCUCCUCAGAGGCUUUUAAAGUACAUAGAAGGAGUAUCUGAUUUUAAUCUUCGUGUUGCAUUGCAAACACUUCUGAAAGAGUACUGUGAUGUUUGCAAGUCUCCCAAGGAGAACAAGUUUUAUAGUUUUUUGCAGACAUCUAAAGUUCGACCUCGGAAGAAAGCAAGAAAGUACCUGUAUGCAGUAGGUGGAUAUACACGGUUGCAGGGGGGUCGUUGGAGUGACAGCCGAGCCCUUAGCUGUGUAGAGCGCUUUGAUACCUUUAGCCAGUACUGGACCACUGUAUCUUCACUUCAUCAGGCUCGAUGUGGACUGGGAGUAGCAGUUCUGGGAGGGAUGGUCUACGCUAUUGGAGGUGAAAAGGAUUCGAUGAUUUUUGACUGUACUGAAUGUUAUGAUCCAGUUACUAAGCAAUGGACAACUGUUGCUUCAAUGAAUCACCCCCGCUGUGGCUUAGGAGUAUGUGUGUGUUAUGGGGCUAUCUAUGCUUUGGGUGGAUGGGUUGGGGCUGAGAUAGGCAACACCAUUGAACGAUUUGAUCCUGAUGAAAAUAAAUGGGAAGAGAUUGGCAACAUGGCUGUGUCACGCUAUUACUUUGGGUGCUGUGAAAUGGAAGGUUUAAUUUAUGUAGUUGGAGGAAUCAGCAAUGAAGGAAUAGAACUUCGUUCUUUUGAAGUUUAUGAUCCACUUUCUAAGCGUUGGACUCCACUUCCUCCUAUGGGAACUAGAAGAGCAUAUCUUGGAGUGGCUGUACUCAAUGACUGCAUCUAUUCUCUCGGAGGGUGGAAUGAGACACAGGAUGCUCUUCGUACUGUAGAAAAAUAUUCCUUUGAAGAGGAAAAGUGGGUUGAAGUUGCUUCAAUGAAAGUGCCUAGAGCAGGCAUGUGCGUUGUAGCAGUCAAUGGUCUUCUGUAUGUUUCUGGAGGCCGAUCUUCCAGCCAUGAUUUCUUUGCCCCAGGAACCUUGGACUCUGUUGAAGUUUACAAUCCUCAUUCAGAUACAUGGACAGAAAUUGGUAACAUGAUCACUAGUCGUUGUGAAGGGGGUAUUGCUGUGUUAUGAAGU